ACCCACGUUCUGCAUGUUCUCCUUUUGCUUUUCAUUUCAAUUUUAUUUCACUUGCAGCAGUCAAAAUCAGAGAAUUGUUUGUCUGUUUCCCCCAAAUGAUCCAUCUCUCCAACUGUUAAUCGUAGGAAAUCAUGUCAGACGCUUUGAUCAAUGGCCUCGCCGGUGCUGGUGGUGGAAUCAUCGCUCAGCUCAUUACCUAUCCUCUCCAAACUGUGAAUACGCGGCAACAAACGGAUCGAGAUCCGAAGAAGGAGAAGAUAAAUCUUGGGACUGUAGAACAAAUGUUUCAGGUUGUGAAGCAAGAAGGAUGGGGUCGGCUGUACGGCGGUUUAACUCCGUCCCUGGUCGGCACUGCUGCGUCUCAGGAACAAGGCUGAAGCUGCUGCCCUUGCACGUAAGAAGAAAGGGUUUGGUGAUGGAUCAGUUGGAAUGGUCUCAUCACUUGUGGUGGCUGCUCUAUCUGGGGGUAGCAUUAGAAGGAGGAGGCCCUAGAAUAGAUUUAAGGGAUGAAGUGGAUGCAGAUGAGGUUGCUGUAUGGGUGUCACUACGAGUUUUAUACGGCGUCCUAGUCACUAACUCGUAAUCCCAAACGAAAGAGUAGGCGUGGUCAAGAGUGGUGACGCCUCUAAGGGCAAGCUCACGUUUGAGAUCAUUCCUUUAGACCUUGCCUAAACCUAUUUAAGGUCAUGACCUCAACCUCAAUAACUUGACACCUCAUUCGAAACUCAUCAAACUGAGCAACGUACUCGGUCACAGGUCGAUUACCUUGCGUAAGUGCAUUCCAUUGAUCCAACAAGUUACCCCUGUAAGAUUGGGGUAAGUACUUAUCUUGAAGGCGACGCUUCAUUUUAUCCCAGCUCCCAGCAGUUGGAGCAUGACGUCUCUCCAGGAGAUCCUUAACACUUUUUCAAAAGAGUUGAGGAGUGCUAGUUAAUUUCAGACUGGAAAAUUGAACUCUCCGAUCUUCUGGGACUCCAUACCAAGCAAAGAAGCGAUUCAUAUCUCUAAUCCAUCGAUUGAAUAUACUAGGGUCUAGACAACCAUAAAAUGUGGGGGCAUCUAACUUAAUGUUUCGAAAGAAACGCUCCUCGCGGCGAGGGGAGACUGUGUACCACGAUGGUGAUAUUCCUGUCCUCGAUCACGAACCUGAUUUUCAUCCCUACGAUUAUGUCUAACAUGGUGUCGACCAUCCUGUGGACGACGAUGAGGUCUAUUAAUGGACGCUUCAGAGUUUUCAGCUUCAGUCGAAUACGGGGUUAGAUCUAGGGUGUUCAACCUAGCGGCUAGGGCUCUAUUCUCUUCACGAAUAAUAGCUACCUCAGUUUGGAUAGUCGCUAAUUGAUUUUGUAAUUAUUGUUGCCCAUUGGCAAGUUGUGCCAAUUGUCAAGUAAGGGCCUAAAUUUGAGAU